GUUUUAACUGAACAAUGCGCUGGGUUUUGUACACAUACAACAGUUACUCAUGUUUAUCGAUGCUUUGUUGCAUGUAGUCAGACAAAUGUGCGCACAUAGCCCUGGGCUUGAUCACACAUCAGUUAGUGGAGCGUAUGUUUCCUUCAGACCGCAAAGACUUCUGGGUUACGUAAGGUGCAGGCGGCUCGAGCUCGCUACACGCCGCUCGAGACUGUCGGAGACAAACUACUCCUCGCCUUUCGCCUGUCGACUUUUUGGCAGCGUUUUUUGUCCGUGGUUAGAAUGUUGAGUGUUGGUGGUGGUGGUCGUGUUGUGAGGGAGUAGCGCACUUGUUCGGCCUCGCCGGUCCGGUCCAUUCCAGCAGUGCAACAUGAGUCUGGAUGAGCAUUCGCUGCAGGCUCUGUCCUGGAGGAAGCUGUACCUCAGCCGGGCCAAGCUGAAGGCUUCGAGUCGGACCUCGGCGCUGCUUUCUGGAUUUGCCAUGGUGGCCAUGGUGGAGGUUCAGCUGGAUAACAGCUAUCCUUAUCCACCAGCUCUCCUGAUUGCCUUCAGUGCCUGCACCACCGUGCUCGUUGCCGUCCACCUUUUCGCGCUGAUGGUCAGCACCUGCAUUUUGCCAAACAUCGAGGCGGUCAGCAAUGUCCACAACCUCAACUCAGUAAAGGAGUCUCCACACGAGCGGAUGCACAGACACAUUGAACUGGCGUGGGCUUUUUCCACCGUCAUCGGAACUUUGCUCUUUCUAGCAGAGGUGGUUCUACUUUGCUGGGUGAAGUUUUUACCUGUGAAACCCAAACAGUCCAACAAUAACACCGUUUCAGCUGGCGUGGCCGCUGCCAUCACCUCCACGUCGAUCAUGGUCCCUUUUGGAUUGAUCUUCAUCGUCUUUGCAGUGCAUUUUUACCGCUCUUUGGUGAGCCAUAAGACUGACCGACAGUUCCAAGAGUUGGAAGAGUUAUCCAAUCUCACCAGGCUGCAGAAUGAGCUGGACAACAGAGGGGAGUCUUCCAUGUUGCAGUCCCCCAGUUCACAUUUUCCAUAAACUAUUCACCUUUUAAGUGGGACAAUAUCAACCAACAUCCCAAGAGCAACUAACACGUUUGACAGUGAUGUAUCUCAUUUGAAUAUAGCUCUCAGUGUGAGGGCUUACUCAUCCACACUCUCCUAUAAUAACUCCUUUUUUGGAUGUCACUGGAACUAUUUUACUGUGCUGUUUAUUUUUAAACAACAUAUUCGACUUGUUUAAUUUCCCAUGCACUUGUUGAGUGAUAUAUGACUGCUUCACAGGAUAUUUAAUUAGUGUAUUCUUAUAUUAUGGUUUGUAUCACUGAUCAAAUGUUUACCUGAACUUCUGAUCUCUGUAAAUAAGAUGUAUGUUAUUUUCAACAAAGCCUUAUUUCUCUGGUUCUUUAACAUGAUCGUUCGUUUACCCAGUAGAGGGUUCUCACCCAUGCAGUUGAGCACAGGUCUCUGUUUCUACGUCUGUCAUGCCACGCCACUGUGCCAUCCUCAUGUAUUGUUAUAACGUUGGAAUGCCAACGUUAGGCCGGGAAUGUGUACUACAUCCUUUUACAUCGCCGCUGAAAUCAUCUGUGCCGGGGAAUAAAUCCUGGUGAGAACCUGAGCUGUCAUCAUCUACACCUCCACGCCAAUAAAGUCUGCCUGCUUUUGGUACGAUGCAUUUAAUACCUUACCCUGGAAAGCUAUGUGUUUGUUGGUGUUUAUGUCAGAGUAUUUGCUAGAUAAUUAAAAAAUGGACCCACAGACUUCACUCACAUAUUGAGUUAAUGUUAACGGGACAAAGAACACAUG